AUGAAGUUGCUCGUCCACAAGCAUGAAGGGCGCUUACGCGGAAUUCACUUAACGAUAUUCAAUGAGACCGAAUUUCUGAAGAGUGACCAUCUAAGGUGCAAUCACAAGGGAAAGGGCGCACCUGCACUGGCACUAGAUGGAACUGCCAUGACCACGAUGGCCGGACAAAAAUAUAAGCAUUUGAUUGUGCUAAACGGUGGCGAUUCGACAUUGCCUAUUGGGAAGUGGACCACUAAGAACUACCGGUCAAAAAGUGACCACCCAGGGUACGAGGAAUGGCUUUCCAGGAUCAAAUGGACAGCGGCGGAAGCGCGGGAAGAUGGAGUUCCAUCGGCGUCAAUAAACAAGAUAAUGACCACUCUGAACAAGUCAAAGAAGAAAGAUUUAAACGCGACAUUGACAAUUCCGAAAAAGUCCAAGGGAAAAGAUUUAAGUGGGCCAGAGAUGAAUGAGAACGAUCAGGAGAAGAACGCGGACGAUUCCCGGCUCAAUGCCAAUGAAUUCAAAAAUGAAGGCUAUGAGUUCAUGACUGCCACUCCUUCAGAGUCUUCUAGGUUAUCAUCAGCUAGAUCAAACUGUACGACUCCAGAGCCUUUUCGUUCAGAAGCAGCUAUUUCAGAGCCUUCUCCUUCCAAACCUUCGUCUUCCGUCAACACUCAGGCUGGAAGAAAUCUGCCCGAGGCUCCAGAAUCCAACAGUACGCAAAGUCAAGCGUCAGCUUUAGUUCGACAACAAUUUGCUUCCCUAGUUGUGGCUCUAUCAACACUAGAGGCAAAUACAACGAUAGUCGAAUCUGGAUCUCUGGCUGAACAAAUGGCCUCAGGAAAUCCAAGACACGGUUUUCUGCAUCAUCAACUCUAG